AUGUCUACCGAAGCUCACCUCUGCUUCCGCUCCUUCGUGGAAGCCCUCAAGGCCGAUAACGACCUGGUCGAAAUAGACACCCCCAUCGAUCCCAACCUCGAAGCGGCCGCCAUCACCCGCCGUGUGUGUGAAACAAACGAUAAGGCGCCCCUGUUCAACAACCUGGUCGGCGCCCAGAAUGGCUUGUUCCGCAUCCUGGGCGCCCCCGGGGCCCUGCGCAAGUCGCCCGAGGAACGCUACGGCCGACUGGCCCGGCACCUGGGCCUUCCCCCGACGGCGACCAUGCGUGAGAUCCUGGACAAGAUGCUACUGGCCAGUGAACUGCCCCCCGUGCCGCCUGUCGUGCUUGCCUCGGGCCCCUGCAAAGAGAACAGUCUGACGGGCGACGCAAUCGAUCUCACGCAGCUGCCUGUGCCACUCGUCCACCAGGCGGACGGAGGCAAGUACCUCCAAACGUACGGGAUGCACAUCGUACAAUCGCCAGAUGGCGAGUGGACCAACUGGUCGAUCGCCCGCGCGAUGGUCUCUGGCCCACGUCAGCUCACGGGGCUCGUCAUCGAGCCCCAACACAUCUGGCAGAUCCGCGAGAUGUGGAAGACGCUCGGCCGCGACGUCCCCUGGGCAUUGGCCUUUGGUGUCCCCCCCGCGGCCAUCAUGGCAUCCAGCAUGCCCAUCCCGGAUGGCGUAACAGAGGCCGGAUAUGUGGGCGCGAUGACCGGCCGCCCCUUGGACCUGGUCAAAUGCGACACCAACGACCUGUACGUGCCUGCCACGGCCGAGAUCAUCCUCGAGGGCACCCUCUCCAUCUCAGAGACGGGCCCUGAAGGCCCCUUUGGCGAAAUGCACGGCUAUGUCUUCCCUGACGAUGUUCAUUCCGGCCCACGAUACACCGUCAACAAGAUUACCUACCGGAACGGUGCCAUUUUGCCCAUGUCAGCGUGUGGAAGAUUGACUGAUGAGACACAUACUUUGAUCGGAUCCCUCGCGGCCGCCGAGAUACGCAAGCUCUGCCAACAGGCCGGUCUCCCCAUCACUGACGCCUUCGCCCCCUUCGAGUCCCAAGUGACCUGGGUCGCACUGCGCGUUGACACCGCCCGCCUGCGUGAGAUGCAGACCACCCCGGCGGCGUUCCGGCAGCGAGUCGGCGAGGUUGUCUUCCGCACUAAGGCCGGGAUGAUCAUUCAUCGCGUCGUCCUGGUCGGCGACGAUAUAGACGUCUACUCUGGUGCAGACGUGCUGUGGGCGUUUUCGACCCGCUGUCGCCCGGGCACGGACGAGACCUUCUUCGACGACGCCUCCAUCCGUGGGUUCACCUUGAUCCCGUACAUGUCGCACGGUUCCGCGGAUCCGCGCAAGGGAGGCAAAGUCGUUUCCGAUGCCUUGUUGGCCGUCGAGUAUACCGCCGGGAAGAACUGGGUGGCGGCUGACUUUGAGCAUUCCUACCCGGAAGACAUCAAGAAGAGGGUUUUGGCCAACUGGGAUACAUGGUUUAGUUGA